AUGAGCAGCGCUCUUGCGGAUGAGCGAAAGUACUUUGACUCGGGCGACUACGCUCUCAGCAAAGCUGGAAAAGCAUCAGACGUCGGAGUCACCAGCAUCGGUUCUCGUCACCCCGUCCCCGAAAAUAUCCCCCACCUCACUGCAACUUCCCCUCCCCAAUCAAGCUCUAUCCCCGGACAUUUCAACGGACAUUCGCCAACCCAUCCCGGCGGAAUCCAUAAUGGAGUACCCGUCGGAAUGAGCCGCAGUCCGAUCCGAGAGAGCAAUUUCCCUCACCGAAAAUCAAGCCUGGGCGAUAGCGGCCGAGGCGAAGAAAAGCAGAAAGAAAAAACAGAAGGGAGUGAUGAAAAUGAAGCUGGUACCACAGCCCACGGUACCGAUGCCCAGGAAGAGAACGUCAGUCCCGCACGGGCUAGAGGCGGACUGCCAAUUCGGCGGUAG